UUGUUUGCUGUUCCGUCAUUGCUAACCACCAACACCACUAUCAAGCAAAACAACACUGCUCUCAGCAGCUGCGUCAACCUUCUUCCUUCAAUUACUUCAACCUCUUUUUUUUUUUCCCCUCACACAUCCUCCCGCAACAUUCUAUCAUGGAGAACAACCCCAAUCAAGCAGGCCGAACCAGGCCAGUUUAUGACGCCUCUCAAGGCGGUCAUUAUGGUGCCAGCGCUUUGCUCGCGACCCAAGGUUUUGCGCCCAGUGAGCUUUACACCGGUCCUUGGGCAAAUGCGCAUCAAGGCCUCACGGGCCAGUACAAGGACAUCUUGACUACAUACUGGCAACACACCAUCUCCCACCUCGAAAACGACAACCACGACUACAAGCUCCAUCAGCUGCCGCUGGCGCGCAUCAAAAAAGUUAUGAAAGCCGAUCCCGAGGUUAAGAUGAUAUCUGCUGAGGCCCCGAUCUUGUUCGCAAAGGGUUGCGAGAUCUUCAUUACGGAAUUGACCAUGAGGGCAUGGAUUCACGCCGAGGAGAACAAGCGCCGUACUCUUCAGCGUUCCGACAUCGCAUCCGCUCUCGCAAAGUCCGAUAUGUUCGACUUUCUGAUUGACAUCGUCCCCCGGGAAGAAGCAUCCAGUCAUGCUAAGCGGACCCAGACCGCAGUUGCUCAACCGGUACCUGCUGGUCAGGCUCCAAUGUCAGGACAACACACGAUGACCCAGGCACCCAACCAAGCCCAUCCAAUGGGUGGUGAUUACAUGGCUGGGCAUGGCCUCGCUCCCGAUCAAGACUACCGCAAUCAGCCCAACAUGUAUCCCGACCAAUCAGUGCCUAACCCCCAGGCCGCCUACGGCCAGACCCAACCUCCCACCAUGAAUCCAUACGGCAACAUGGGCGACAUGUAUCCCUACUCAGCCAUGCCACCACAGCAGACAAACAUGCCCAACGAGGAAUUUGAGCAGUAGGACUCUUCUUCUUCCGAAAAACAGCCAUCGAGUCCGAUCAGCUAAACAAGAUCACCACGAGUUGGUGAAAGAGAGGCGCAGUGAAGAGUUGGAGGAACAUCGGGAGCGGUUAUGAUAUGGAUAUAGGCGUGGAAGGAAUACAAAGGUUCUCAUUCUUAGCAACAAUUCAGGCGCGACUACCCCAGGCAUGGUUUGAUAUGACAUUACAUACCCUUGUCUUCGUUCCCUUUUAUGUGAAACUUUGAGGCCACCAGUGUGAUCGCAGGGCCUUGGUUAGAACCCCGGAGGGCUGUCUGGGGGCCUUAGGGAGAAGGAAAACUUUUGGCAUUAGAUCGCGGUAUUAAAGUAAACUGGUCCAAAAGGCUCACUAAGAUAUGCUAAACUUACACAAGUCAUUUUAUCACUUAGAAUAGGGGUCCUAAGUUUUCUUGCCUCGCCUUGGGGGGUAAGGACGCGUCGUAGAUCGUUAC